AUGACCGGCUCCUCGGCCGCUCGCGGGAAGGCGAAGAAGCUCGUGACGGACGACUUACUCGACGUGGCAAAGCAUCAGAGCGUGCUAGAGGAGACAUUGCGCGCGCACCGGGCAGAGAUAGCGCGGCUGCAGAUAGGGCGCGACGAGUUGCCCUCGAAAUUUUAUUGCUGUAUCACAACCGAAGUGAUGAGCGAUCCGUGCAUGGCCGCGGAUGGGCAUACGUACGAGGUUCGUCGCCCGCGUCCCGUCUCGCGUGCAUCGAUCGGUCGUUGACGCCCCGCCCCGCGCAGCGCUGCGCGAUAGAUCAAUGGUUUGCUACUGGUGCGCGCACAUCUCCCACCACCAACGAGCCGCUGGCGUCGCUCCAGCUCAUACCGAACCACGCUCUGAGGGCAAUGAUCGUCGAGGAACUCGAGCGGCGCGGCGGGCACGCCUCUUAG